CUUUACCCUUCCGCUGGCAGACUUCUGUGCUUGACAGCGUAAAAGAGAACUUGCUUCAUAUUUGAAGCUAAAUUGCCAAACAUGUCAGUACAUUUAGGUGAAACUAAGAGGCUCACGUUGACAAGUAACCGUGAAGAAGAAGACAACACGGACGACUUUAGGCUCUCUUCUGAUCAGCCUGUGGACUCAGACAGCAGUCAUGACGUCAUGAAUUUGCCUUCAGCGUUACCAGUCAAACAUUACGAUGUUGAAACUACUGAACCGAUUUGCUGUAGUCUUCAGACGAUGGAUGAGCUGUUGUCAUGGAAGAAAAGUGAGGCCAACCCAUUUAAUGUGGCAGCCGUCCCUCUGGCACAGCGACAACCUACACUUGGCAGUUGCUUACGUCGCACUUUGGUGUCUCAUGACAUGAUGGGUGGAUACCUAGAUGACAGGUUUGUACAGGGGACAGAUGCAGAAGCUCCGUAUGCCUUCUACCACUGGCAGUACAUUGAUAUUUUCAACUACUUCACACACCACUUUGUGACCAUUCCUCCUGCUGUCUGGACCAACGCUGCACACAAACACGGAGUUCUUGUUCUUGGAACUUUUAUCACAGAAUGGACUGAUGGAGCAGCAAGAUGCGAGGCGUUCCUUAAAGAAGAUUUAUAUCAGGAAGUAGCUGACAAGCUAGUUGAAAUUAGUCAUUUUUAUGGCUUUGAUGGCUGGCUCAUAAAUAUCGAAAACCAACUCAGCGAGGUCGCAGUGAAGAAGACCCCUUUGUUCUUACGGUAUCUCACCGAUCAGAUGCACCAACACAGUCCUGGCAGUAUGGUCCUGUGGUACGACAGUGUGAUAGAGACUGGAGAGCUAAAAUGGCAGAAUGGAUUAAACCAGUCCAACAGGGUUUUUUUCAAUGCAUGCGAUGGUUUCUUCACCAACUACAACUGGACAGCACAAGACCUGGAGGAGAUGGCGGACUUCACUCACACCCAUGGCCGCCAGGCUGACAUCUAUGUGGGAGUGGAUGUUUUUGGGCGUGGCGAGGUGGUGGGAGGGAUGUUCGAAACUUAUAAGGCUCUUGAAAUCAUCCGUAAGUACAACUUUUCUGCUGCCAUCUUCGCUCCAGGCUGGGUGUACGAGACCCAAGACAAGAAUAAGUUUCGUCAUAAUCAGGAUAGGUUCUGGGAUCUUCUGAAAAACAACCUCUAUGUGCACCGCCCAGCUGGCCCGCUGCCCUUCAUUUCUUCUUUUUGUCAGGGCUUCGGUAAUGCUCUCUAUUGGAAAGGCAAGCGUGAAACAAAUAGGAAGUGGUUCAACUUAACUGCCCAAGAAGUGCAGCCCUCGUACUACCAUGAGCAGCUGGAGGGUGUGGGCUGGGUGAGGAGCCGAGGUUGCCCAGAGGAUGCCUGGAAUGGAGGCUCUUCACUUCUCCUUGAAGGACUCAUCCCUGCAAGUCAUGCUGCACCCCUCAGUGCCAGGAUAUUGUCCCUUCAUGUGCCGCUUGCAUCCAAGACUCUGCUCUGCAUUAUUUACAAGUCCUCUUCUCAAGUUCAAGUUUCGCUGGAGCUGAAGAUGACACCUACUGAUGUUUCCACAGAGGAGAAUAGCCGUCAUAUGAAAUUGACGAGCGUUUCUCCAGUUCUGCUCCCUGACGGGCAUGACGAGCUAGUGCAGCAGUUUUCUCACCUCUUUGGAAAUGUCGAUACAGGAUGGACUGUCAGGUUUUCCAAGUUGGACCUUUCUGGCUUCAUCCUCAGGGAAGUCUUGGUCAACAUUGAAGCUGUUGGAGAGCCCAGUGACACACCCUUCAGCUGCAGGGUGGGACAAAUAAUGUUCCAGGAUAUAGAAGGUCCACAGAAAGCCUCUGAGGUGGUCCACGUCUUAGGUGUGGAUGACCCAGUGUGGCUGCGAGGUGCUGGGUCAUCUCCACAGUCCACCGACUGCUGCCUGUACCUGAACGUGACGCUGCGCUGGGAGUACCCGACUGACCUGGCGCGCCACUUCAAGGUACACUAUCGCCAGCUCAGUGGAACACACCCCAGAACCUCUGCACACCAGCUGGUUUUGGUGGGCCGGGCGUAUUCCAAAUUGUAUAGAAUAACCGAACUAGCAGUUCCUGAGCCCCCGGGCCUGCUGGAGCUGGUGGUGGAGCCAGUUACCAGGGAGGCGUUUCCACUGCCAGAGAGCUGCUGGGGAAGAAGAACUUUUAGCUACACUGAAGUGGAUUGUAAAAACUGUUAACCUCCUCGAUGUCAUUCAUCAUAAGACAAGGCAGAACUGUUUUAACAACAAUUAUAGAGGACUCAUUAGCAACUGAUUUACUAAUAGAUUUACUAAUGGAUUUACCAGAGACCAAGAGUGAUGAUUAUUAUCAACACUUAAAGGCCUACUGAAAUGACAUUUUGUUUAUUUAAACGGGGAUAGCAGAUCUAUUCUAUGUGUCAUACUUGAUCAUUUCACGAUAUUGCCAUAUUUUUGCUGAAAGGAUUUAGUAGAGAACAACGACGAUAAAGAUUGCAACUUUUGGUAUCUGAUAAAAAAAAGGCUUGCCCCUACCGGAAGUAGCGUGACGUAGUCAGUUGAACAUAUACGCAAAGUUCCCUAUUGUUUACAAUGAUGGCCGCAUGAAGUUGGCAAUGACAAAAUACAAGAAGUUGGAAAUUCCCUGUUCAAGACUAAGAAUGACUAAAAACACUAAUUUUUGCUUUUUGACCUGUAAUUUGACCCCCUUAAAAUACUUCAAACUUCGCACACACAUCGGGACUGGUGGAAAUUGCGAUCUAAAAAAAAAACCAACCCCAAAACUCAAAAUUGUGCUCUACAUAAUUUUUGAAUAAAACAGAGACAAAACUGCUCCUCAGAGGGAAACUCAGACAAAACUGCUUGUAACUUCCGGUAGGAACGUCUUAGAGACAUGAAACAAAUACCUCUAUGUAGGUCUCGCCUAGACCUACAUUUCAUAGAUUGACAUCCUUCAGCAAAAAUCAACAGGAAGUUUGCUAUUUCUCCUUCAAAACAACAUUUUUGUUACAACCGGUCACCAAACAUCAAACGUUAUCUCCUCCGAGGGUGUUUGUCGUUUCGGCUUCAAACUACUACAGGAGAGAGAUUGAACCCUUCUGAUUAAAAGUUGACAAAAGCGUUAUGAUUAGUAGUACGGUUUUGAUUUUAUGAGCCUUCAAAGACCCGCAGCACUAAAGUUGCUCCGCUGCUGUGAUUUUGCGCGCCUUCAAAGAAAACAACCACUGUGCCGCGACACCUAGGAAAAAGACACAGACACAACUUCCUCUAACUCCCAGUACGAAUAUCGUAGAGACAUGAAACAAAAACCUCUAUGUAGGUCUCACUCAGGACUACCACUGGACACAAGUAUUGGGACACCUAGGACUAGCACCUGCCAAAAUGCGGACCCGACCAACGCUGCUUGCAGCUUUAAUUAGGGUCCGCACAGGACCUUUUCAAAAGGAAUCCCAAAGGGAGUCCUUUUGCAAUGGGACGAAAGGACCCUAUUGAAAUUGUAAGGUUUUAUUAUUAUUCUUUAUUAUUAUUAUUAGGGUCCGCACAGGACCUUUUCAAAAGGAAUCCCAAAGGGAGUCCUUUUGCAAUGGGACGAAAGGACCCUAUUGAAAUUGUAAGGUUUUAUUAUUAUUCCGCAGCUUUGCGCACUACUUUUCCCCCCUUAACAUGCUUCAAAACUCACCAAAUUUUUUACACACAUCCAAACUCGGGCAGAGCACACUUUAGUCAAAAAACCAAACCCCAAAAAUCAAAAUUGCGCUCUAGCGCCCCCCCUCUUACUUCCACCAGGAAGGUCGUAGAGACAUGAAACAAAAACCUCUAUGUAGGUCUCACUUAGACCUACCUUUCAUAAUUUCACAUCCUCGGGCUAAAACCAACAGGAAGUUGGCAAUUUUCCCUUCAAGACAAAAAAUGACUAAAAACACUCAUUUUUGCUUUUUGACCUGUAAUUUCACCCCCUUAAAAUACUUCAAAACUCACCAAACUUCUCACACACAUCGGGACUGGUGGAAAUUGCGAUCUAAAAAAAAAAAAAACGAACCCCAA